AUGUCUCUGAUGAUGGGCUCGAGUGAGAACCCGAAACGUCAGGCCAAUAAACUUCUUGUCCCAGUGAUCGCAUCUUCAUCUUCUGAACUGCUACCUGGGACUCGCCUGUUCGCUUCUAUCAGCAAUCUUUUUGGGCGCGAAGCGCUCCGAUCGGCUCGACGGUGGGAAACCUUUGCCCUUCGAGAGUCGUCAACAUAUGCGCAGAUUCGAUUUCUGCACAGGUGUCUCGACAACAAUGUGCUGCCGAAGUGCGUUUCAUACAAACCUCCGGUCAACACAGAGCUGGCGAGACGCGCAGUACUUCAGCACGGCCGACGAAUGAUCCGAGUGCUCCUUCAAGACUGUCACUCACGGAUUCGCAAAUACCGUCAGAGGAUUGACCAAGAGAAGGCAAGGUGCUGCGAGUUCAUGGGCGAGGACGGCAUAAAACUGCUUCAGCAGAGGCUGGCCGAACGAACCCGCGAACAUAAAGCAACGCGAGAAGCAGCCCUAGAGAGCAAAUUUCGUAAGCUGCCUGCUCCAAUGUCAUCCAAGAACGACAAACUGGUGCACAACUUGUCGUCAAAGGAGCUGACGGAGGAACAAAUGCAGGUUUUACGGCAUGAGGCCUCAUUCAACACAGCCGAUGCCAAACCUGCCAACAUGAUCGCAGCAGUGGAAUCAAUCCUCAGCCAGACGGGAGCGACAGACGAAACGAAGAACCUCAUUCGACACCAAGUGUCCUCCCUCCUCAUGGCUCAUAGGCCGCGCGAUGUGCUUUCCAAGGUCGAGCGUGAUGCACUUAAAGAACUCAGGGCCGACAACGACCUCGUUAUCGUGCCUGCGGACAAGGGGCGUUCAACGGUCGUAUUGGACAGGACAGACUACAAUCAAAAAGCCAAAAGCUUGUUGGAUGAUCGUCAGUCCUAUGUGCCAUGCGAAUCCAACCCCAUGAAAACGCUGACACGCGAGAUUAACGCGACGCUGUUGGCAAUGGAGAACUCAGGUGCAAUAUCGCCAAUCGACCGACGCAUGGCGAGAGCACAAGAAACGGCCCUAGCCCGAUUCUACGGUCUCCCAAAAGUGCACAAAGAGGGCGCUCCUCUCCGGCCUAUCGUGUCACUAAAGGGCACUCCAACCUACGGACUGGCAAAGUGGCUGUUCCAACGUCUCAAGUUUCUGACCUCCGAUUCGAACACCACAGUCAGCUCGUCAACGCAAUUCUUGGAGAAACUUAAAGGAGUAAGUCUCCUGCCAAGCGAUAUCAUGGUUUCCUUUGAUGUCACGUCCCUUUUUACUUCUAUCCCGCAGGACCUGGCAGUCGAGACAAUCGAACUACUCCUACGAGAGAAGUACGACGAAACGGAGAAUCGCCUCGGACACGCCCAAAUCAUCCAGCUCCUGAAGUUCUGUCUCAAGACGUACUUUACAUUCGACGGAACAAUCUACGAGCAGGUGAAGGGAACGCCAAUGGGUUCGCCGAUUUCGGGACUCAUAGCCGAGGCGGUCCUUCAACGGCUGGAGUCGCUGGUUUUCCGACACCACAGACCGAAAUUCUGGGCUCGGUAUGUGGAUGACACCUUCGUCGUCAUCGAACGGGAUCAGGUGCUGACUUUCAAAGAACAACUCAACGCCGUCUUCCCGGACAUUCAAUUUACGAUGGAGGAGGAGGAAAACAAUCAGCUGGCCUUCCUGGAUGUCCUCGUCUGCCGCAAAGAUUGUGGUGGCCUAAAAACCAAAGUGUUCAGGAAAGCGACAAAUACGACGCAAAUACUGAACUUCAAUAGCAACCACCCGAUCAGUCACAAACGCAGUUGCGUAAGGGCGCUAUACCGGCGUGUUGAGACGCACUGCAGUGAAAUGGAAGACAAGGUUGCUGAAUUACAAUAUCUUCGACGGGUAAUGAGAGCCAAUGGCUACCCGCGCAACUUUGUCAACCAGUGCAUACGAAAAGGACACCAGAGACCAAAUCCAACUAGCCCCAAAUUUUGGCGGGCUCUUCCGUACGUGAAGAACGUCUCGGAAGCCGUCAGUCGUCUUCUCACUCCACUUGGAGUUGGUGUUGCACACAGGCCGGAAGCAACCAUUAGGCGCCAAGUAAUGAGGCCAAAAGACCCGCUGCCACAACAGGAAACGUCUGGAGUCGUUUACCGGAUCUGGUGUAGUUGCGGACAAAGCAAUUAUGUCGGAGAAACUGGGAGAUUACUCCGUACGCGACUUGCCGAGCACGCAGCAGCAGUGAGGCGGGGAGACGCUAACUCUCAGGUGGCGGCACACUCGACGGGACCCGGCCAUAAUUUCAAAUUUCAAGAGGCCGAAAUCCUCGCAAGGGGUGACAACCGCGUGAGCCGCGAGCUGCUCGAUUCAUGGUUCUCAGGCCCGCAAUCCAUCAACAAACACAAUGACCUCCCGGUGGCCUAUUCCGUAUUGCGAUUUUCACUGGGCAGGAGAAUCAGUCACGUGGGGAGGGCGCGGGUGAGCAAUUAUCACGGUGACAGUGAGCCAGUUUGCCGAGCAAUCGUCACACCAGCAUCGAGCACGGAUGACGAAAUCGCGGCAAUUAACAACUCGGACUCGGACCGCCAAGCCACCGCCGCAUCAAUUACGACCCCAGCGGCGAUUGUGAGAACUGUUAAUUGCAGUGCGCAUACGGUCCCACGGCAGCCACGUGCUAUAAAUACUGCAUUCCUGGUGCCACCUUUACCUCUAUCUGCGAAUGUCUCUGAUGAUGGGCUCGAGUGA